UUAUUUAUUAAAAUGGAGACUGUUGCUAUUGGAGAUAUUGCGUGUUUGGAUGCGGAGCUAUUGCAACUCCAGGAGAUGUCUCCCUUAGCUCUCAAAUCCUAUCCUGACUUCACUCAAAAGCUUUUCGAACAGUGGCUUUCUCUUCCCGCGACUCACAAGCUGGUAACGUCAUUGAUUAAUGAUGCAAAGGCGGGUAAUCCCUUGAAUGUUCCUGGAAGCACUUCAUCUGGAAGUACUGCCACAAGCAAUACUUUACCCUCCAUGUUUCCUGCUGGCAGUGCUCCUCCCCUUUCACCAAGAAGUACAUAUGGUUCCCCUCGAAUAGCAAAACAAAGGGCUGGUCCUUCAAACUUGGGUUCUCCACUGAAAGUAGUUAGCGAGCCUGUGAAAGAAUUAAUACCACAGUUUUACUUUGAAAAAGGCCGUCUACCUCCAAAGGAACUAAAAGAACAAUGCAUAUCUCAAAUCAGUCAGUUUUUCUGUGGCCACCCAGAUGGGCUGCAACUGCCUGAAUUCAAACUAGUGACCAAGGAAAUCUGCAAGCUGCCAACAUUUUUCUCCACAUCACUUUUCAGAAAAGUUGAUGUUAACAACACUGGUUUUGUUACAAGAGAUGCUUUUAUUGAUUAUUGGAUCAACGGCAGCAUGUUGACAAUGGAUAUAGCAACACAAAUAUUUACAAUAUUAAAGCAACCGGAUCUCAAAUACCUCACUCAGGAUGACUUUAAACCUUUACUCCAAGAACUGUUGGCAACUCAUCCAGGGUUGGAGUUCUUACAGAGUACACCGGAGUUUCAGGAAAGAUAUGCUGAAACUGUAAUAUACCGAAUAUUUUACUACAUAAAUAGAGCUGGGAAUGGUUGCCUCACUCUUAGGGAGUUGAAACGUGGAAACUUGGUUCAUGCCAUGCUACAUGCUGAUGAGGAAGAUGACAUUAACAAAGUUUUGAGGUACUUUUCAUAUGAACAUUUUUAUGUAAUAUACUGCAAAUUUUGGGAGCUGGAUACAGAUCAUGAUUUCUUGAUUGACAAGGAGAACCUUAUCAGAUACAGUAACCAUGCUCUUACCUACCGGAUUGUUGAUAGGAUAUUUUCUCAGGUUCCAAGAAAGUUUACCAGUAAGGUAGAAGGAAAGAUGGGGUAUGAAGAUUUUGUUUACUUUAUCCUAGCUGAGGAGGACAAGUCAUCCGAGCCUAGCCUUGAGUAUUGGUUAAAGUGUAUAGAUUUGGAUGGCAAUGGAGUUCUAACACGUAAUGAAAUGCAAUUUUUUUAUGAGGAGCAGUUGCAUCGAAUGGAAUGCAUGGCGCAAGAGCCUGUGUUCUUUGAGGACAUCUUAUGUCAGAUAAUGGACAUGAUUAAACCGGAGGAUGACAGCUGCAUCACGUUGCGUGACCUAAAAGGUUCUAAACUUUCAGGAAAUGCUUUCAAUAUCCUUUUCAAUCUCAACAAAUUCAUGGCCUUUGAAUCUCGCGACCCGUUCCUCAUUCGUCAGGAACGUGAGAAUCCUACAUUGACGGAAUGGGACCGUUUUGCACAUAGAGAAUAUAUUCGGCUUUCAAUGGAAGAAGAUGUCGAAGAUGCCUCUAAUGGAAGUGCAGAAGUUUGGGACGAAUCACUUGAGGCUCCCUUCUAAGUUUGAAGGGUGCUAUAGAAGAGCUCAACACAUUGCUACUAUGGUGAGCAAUAGAAAGAGAAUGAUGUUGCCUUGAAUGGACGACGAAUAUACAUCGGAAUUCAAUAUUGGUGGAAAACUUUUGAGCUUGGCCUUGCAUGUGUAACUCCCGACGUGUGUGUAUGAUUUGACAAAAACACGAUGACUCAUGCAAUUGGAGAUCCAGCUUUAUUUAACCAAUUUUCACAUGAACGAGUUUUAUUCCGGUACGUGAUAAUUGAAUCCAAGAUUAAACAAGCUCACUAAAAAUUCAAUUCCUAUUUUCCUUCACGGUGUCCUGGUUGGUUCAUUUAAUAAUUUCAAAUAUGCUAUGGUUGAUUUUGUGUUAGCUCUUGAAUUUGUGUCGAUUUGGAUCAUGUUCAUCUUGGAAUAUGCUUUAUUUAUUGAUUUUAAUUUUUGUAACGUAGGUUAAGUAAAUGGUGUAUUUGUUUUGGUGGUAGUAAUUGGUGUAUUUUCAUUUGUCAUUGAA